AUGACCCACAUCUCUGGUUUUCCUCCCAUCGUUUCCCACCGCUUCCCACACCAUCAGCCAUGGGAGGAUCGCCGCCCUCAAAGCCAAUCAGCAUCACCAGCGCCACGUGCCUCCAACUCUUCAUCGCAACCGUUAGAUCUUCAGCGCGCACUUUCCUGCGAUCGCGCUUCCCUUUCCAGCAUCGGCUUGUCGACCCCCUCGCCCUCGCGCAACGCGGGCGGAAGCGGAAGGAUUCCCGCAUCGCCCGGGCACGGAAGCGGAGGUAUUACUCCGCAACCGAACGCUUCCCCCGGUCUUCUCCCCCCGCACUCCCCCAUGGUGUUGCGCGAGUGGGAGGAAUUUUUGUUCGUUAAGAAUGCUUCCCCCUCCCCCACCGCUACCUUCCGCCGAUCCCGCCUUGGCGCGGGAUCGGGGGAGGGAGCCAAUGGCGGCGGGGAAAGCAUAAGCGGGUUACAGCUGGACUCGGGCUCCGCGAACAACGGCGGAAUUGGCGGAGACGAUUCGAACAGGGACCCUGCGCUGCGAAACAUUCGCCUGCCGAUUCACAAGGUCGUUCGCAGCAGCUGGCCGAGGUAUCGCCUGCGACGUCGCGACCAUUUCGGCGUCGCCAUGGAAGGCGUCGCUGAGGGCGACGAGAACGAAGACGACGACGACUCGUCGCCGUCGUCGCCUGCUGUCGCAGGGCUGCCUGAACGAAGCGAGAGCGAUCCUUCUGCGACAGGCACGCCAGGACUAGAACAAGCCGCGUCGGUUGCGGUUACCAUUUUCUCCGAAGCUGCCAGCGGCUCGAAACCGUCCCACGUGGCAAAAUCCGGAACAUUAUCCGUUAGUCAACGACUUGCAGCAGCAAACGGCUCCCCAGCAGCUGGUAACUCCAGGCCCGUGUCGCGUCGCCUAUCCGGGCAGAUGCGGCUCGGGGACGGAGCCAGCGGAAAAUCCGGGUUACUCGACGUUUCUGCAGCCAAUCAGCGUGGAGAAAACGCACGUGGUGGUGACUCGAGUGAUAGUGGCGGAGGGUUUGUGAAUAUGGCGGAAGGGAUGAUGGCGGGAGGAAACGCGGGAAAAUUGUUUCAGCUGCUGGAGCAAGUGGACAAGCACGGAGAUUAUUUCCGUGGUGACGUGGAGGACCCUGAUUUGACGAGCAGCGUAGAGUUGGAAGACGAGGCGACGGAUGACGAACCAGGGUUUCUCGCGCGGACUGACGUGGCGCGGCUCGUAACGGACGGCACGGAUACGCAAUACCUGCCGCGACUGAACAAGUACUUCCCCUUCGGCGCGUUCACCAUCUUCAUCAUGAUGCAGGCGCUAGUGGCGGUGGUCGACUCGCCCUCCGACAAGCGCGCCAUGACUGCCACGUCACUCGCCAUCUGCUUCGCCGUCGCGUCGCUCUGCCCCUUCAUCAAGCGCACCGGACACACCGCGCUCGUUCCGCGCAACAGUUGGAAGUGGCCGUUGGCAGUGCGGGUGGGCUCAACCAACCUCUUCAUUCACGCCGAUGCUCAAACCCUCGCCCAUGCCGUCACCAAGGCCAUCGCAUUCGUGCCUCUGGGAAUCUGCAACGACACGGCUGCCAGCAUUCUCUUCCCAGGUCUACAGCCCUACUGGCUGCUGUUGAUCCAGCUCUCCACCUUCCUCCUCGUCGCCUCUCUCACCUUCUUCGUGCAUGACCACGUGCCAUCCAUCCGCACAGCAGCCCGCCCAUUGGAACCUUCGCUGUAA